CUCGUUUGACCUCAUUCCACACCCCCCCCUGCUGAUCGUCUUUCCUUAUCCCUUCCUAUUCGCAUUCACUUGCUAUCUUUUCCAUCUAUAUCCUACCUAAUCCUGUCCCUUAUACAUUUUUCAAUGUAAUCCAUCUCCUUUCCCACCUUCCUUAAUCCCCAUGAUCGAGAAUGUCUGAUACCUCGGAUGCGCCACUACCCCAGACCCAAUCCCUUCGCCGGUCUGCGACUCUUCCUUCCAAACUGAUUACCCGACCCCGGCGGCAAUCCGAGUCGCUGAGGCCCUCGGAGAACGAUCUCUUCUACCACCCUUCUGCCAAAGUUGUCCAUUUUGCCCCUAGAGCGCUCGCCCCGAUCCCCUCCAGUACUGCGCCCUCCGACUUCGACUAUCCCGUUGAUACCGUUGAGACGCUUCCUUGGAGGUCCCCUACUGAACGAACGGUCGCUCUCGGCCCGCUUCGCCUGGAGAAUGUCCACGGCCUUACUGUAUUCCUCAAGUGCGGCAAUGUCGUCCAUGCCAUCCUCAAGAACUCGCAAUGUUGGUGUGUCGACGGCGAAUCAACCUUUGUCUUGCGCAUUCGCCCUCUGACGUACUAUCGCAUCGAACUCCCCGCCGACACCGACGACAACAAGGUCUUGGUCACGGAGAUGAAAAAUGUUCUGCCCAGGGUCCUCCGUUACGAAGUGACACCAUGCCCCUUCAAGAGAGGUUUCACCGUUGAGAUACCAGAGGAGGCUAAAGCGCCCCGGAGGAAGAGGGCAUGGCGUCCCAAAGGUCGUCGCGAAAGUGCCCCAAUCAGUUCACUCUACUACCAUGGACUGUCCAAGUCAAAGGAGGACCUCACAAAAGACCCAGUCAGUGCCGGAGAAGACACGGAUGGCGAGGCGACGGAUGACAGCGGCUUUUCGAUCAAGGCCAGUAACAGUGCCAGUAACAGUACUAUCCUGGAGACUAUUCCGGAUGACAAUGAAACUCCGGAAGCGCCUCAGACAUCCGAACAAGUGGAUUUACCUAAGCGCCCAGACCCAGAACCCGAACAGAAUUUCCAGACCUUGCUGGCAAGGUUUGAAGACAAUCCCAAACAACAGGUUGAUCCUGAAACAACGUUUUCAUCGAGCGUUGAAUCCUUCCACUCCCUUGGACCAUCGUUAUCUACAUUACCCGAACUUGACGCCUGCUCUACGCCUACAUCGACCGAGGGUACUGAGCAGUUCCAAUCUGACCACAGUGACACUUAUUCGCCGCCUGAAGAACAGCCCUUCCAAGAAACUGAGCGCUCGAGAGACAGACUAUCAGUGUAUGUUGACUGCUGGGAUGACUUGUCGUCCGCAUCGCACGAUAUGCCUGGAACCUUCCACGAGCGCGAAAUCAAGCCGAUUCCGACCAAAGUCCCUGACGUUCAACGUCCAGUCGCACCUCGCACCGGAAGUACCGACUCGAACCCCAACCUCAGCAGCAUGAGCAUUGAAUUCCGCCGACGCUCCAAAGCAUCCCUUGAGCGCGAAGUGUCCCCCAUGCCACCUGCAUCGUCUUUGGCAGUUGCAAGACCCGAGAAACAUGAUGCGGCGUCGCUUAUUCAUAAAACCGCCACACUUGUCCUGGUUCCCCCGAUCCAGCUACUUGUGGUUCUCAUCCACAUUGCCGCGCGCAUUGUCAUCGGCCCAGCCUUGGAAUCCGCGAUGGGGGAACUGAAUCGGAAGAUCGAGUAUGAGGUUGACCAUGCCCAGGACACUGUGGAUGACUUCGACUUGCCUCUCCCUGACCGAUCCGGGGUGUCUGCGGAUGAGAACUCCAACUGAUUUGCAUCAAACCAUUUGUUUGGCCAUCUACAUUCAUUCUUCACUUUUUGUAUACUCCUGUACUCUGCAUCUGAUGACACUUGCGAUUCCCUCUGAUGUCCUUUCUUUCCCCACGAUGACGCAUUUGUAUGAUCUCAUUGUUUCUGUUUUAUUAGUCGACAUCUGUACGGUUGUGGGCGGACUGUCUUUGAUUCACCCCGGACAAGCACCAUAAUUUGAUCCCCUGUAUUCUAGCGAAGUAGUUAAUCUAUUGAUACUAUACCAUCA